UUCAACUGAUUCUAGUCCCUCUAAUUAUACGGCUGAAAGUGAAAAUACCAAUUUCCCUAGUAGACCAUAUUGUGAUUCAAGUGCAAGAUUUGUUAUGCAUGCCGAGGAAAUGCAACAAACCGGUCAAUCUGUCAAAAUAACUUUACAUGUAAUACAUGAAGGUGAUAUUUGGAUAUCACAAUUCAAUCAUUCAUUUUUAAUCUCAGAAGUAUUAAAUUUGGCUAUAGCCCAUUUUAUUGAUCCUAAAGAGUACCACACAUUAAGUUCUAAGUACAGAUUGAUCACAAUGCCAUUGAAGAAAAUUCUUCACCUUGAGAACAGAUUAUUUGAUGAAGAUUUAAAAAAUUAUGAUGAAGUUCUCCUGAUUGCUAAAAGACAUAUUGGUUUCUCAACUCCUGUCCAACUAACACCAGAAGACACAAAAGGGCCAUCAAAGGAAGAGAUAGUUGCAGCAACUGCACAUUUAAAUAAACAAAAUUCCAUUCUCGUGGUGCCCUCCUUUGAUUGUCAGGAAAGUUUUCAGUCAGAAAUACGCAAAGUCCUAUACUCACUUGUGGAAGCCUCUGCUAAAGUUUUGGCCCAGAGCCCAGAUGCCAAAAUUGUUUUUGAUGGUAUAGCUGCAAGAAUCAACGCGAAGAAUAAGAAAGAGAUUGACAAAAAUGCAGUGAAAUACUUGAAAGAUUUAGGAUUUACUGAAGUUCAAGCCAGAUAUGCAUUGCGCUUGAAAAGGAAUCGUCAGAUAGAAGCUAUGGAAUGGCUUCUUGAGAAUAGCCAUAGGGUGAAGGAAGAACCCCAGGAGAAAGCUGAGGAAGCAUCAGCAAGCACUUUAGAUACUUCAUCCUACAUCACAGGUGAUAACCCCUUGCACACCAUCAACAAGUUGCUGCGAGACAUCAGAGACUUCCAUUACAGACAUUUUGAGCCAAGUCCCAAGGCCUUGGAGACUCUGCAGAACAUGGGCUUCAGCCAAGAUGACGUUGUGGAGGCUCUGCGCGUCACAGGCAACAAUCAAGUAUUAGCCUGUGAGUGGUUGUGUGGGGAGAGGGACCCAGCUGUCACACAGCCUGAUGCAGGACUGGAUCCUGAAGGCCAACUCUACAAGGCACUGAUGAACAAUCCUGCAAUACAACUGGGCUUACACAAUCCAAAAAUAAUGUUGGCAUUCUUGUCGAUUUUGGAGAACCCGACCAGUGCCAACCUGUGGCUGAAUGAUGUAGACACUGCUCCCAUUCUGGGACAGGUGUUCAAGACCUACCACUCAGAGAAACAUAUCAUGGUUGUCAAUCAGCAGAUGGAGUUGAUCAAACGACAGCAAGGUCCCUCGUGAUGGCUCAACCUAUAGUGGACCUCACUUAACCCCACUAUUGUUUUAUAAAUUUUUUGUAUGUUGAAGGCUGUGAUUAGAUUUUAUUAAUAAAUAUCAAUGAUUUAAACAGC